AUGGAUGGCUUACUACGCACACUGACACGCUCCCGCAACACCGCGCCGUCCCCGAACCGCGGCAGCCGCAAUCGCAACCGACACAGCGGCAGGGGCGGAGGCGGAGGCGGCAAUAAUCACGGCCAAAUCGAAAUCAUUAUCGAAACCCUCGCUCGAGGACUCGUCGAAUAUGCAGUACAAAAGUACAUGAAGAAGCUGAGCGGCGGCGGCGGCGAUGAAGACAAGAAUGGAGGAGGACACAGAAAUGACCGGCGCCUUAGCACACCCAAAAACCAUGGCCACGACGAAGACGAGCGCGCUAGAGGCGGCGUUCCGAAUAUGGACAUGGAGAUGCUGGAGCACCUGGGCAAGAACAUCUUUUCCAAAGCUAUGGAGCGCUUCGGUGGCGGGGGAGGGGAGGACGAUGAAGAGGAAGACAUGAGGCGGAGACAUGGCAAGGGACGAAGAGGCAGCCGAGACCGCGAUUCAUACUCUCGUGGACAUUCGCAAGAUCGCUCUCACGGGAGACGACACGGCAGUGGUGGCAAAGACGAUGACCGUGACCGGAGAAGGCGCCACAGCCGCGACAACGGGUACCCUUCACACGCACCCGGCUCGCCCUCCUCGCCGUCAAGACACCAUCGCGGCGAUGACGAUACCCACCGCCGCCGCCGACGCGGAUACGGGACCGACUAUGCGCCGCUGAAAGAGGAGAUGGAGACGUUAUCCAACACGCUCAUCUCUUUGAACGAGCGACAGCCCGGACACGCCGACUGCGAGUUUUACGAUGCGUUUAUGGAGCGCUCGGGCAAGGUGCAAGAGGCUAUAGGGUCUGUUUUGGUGCAGAUUCGGGAGAGGGAGGAGAGGAGGGAGGAAAGGCGCGGUCGGCGGAGGGGUUGA